CACCUCUUUUCUCUUCUCUGCUUUAAUUUUCUCAGAGUACUCCAAACUCGGGCUCCAGUUCUGGCCUUUGGGGUUCAAGGUCACUGGGACUGGGCUGUGAUCUCCACCCCUAAAUCUCAACCCUCAACUUCCCAACCCAAGGCACUUGGGACCUCCUGGACAGACCUGGGCUUCCCAGGACACCACCACCACUGCUGACCCUACCCUGAGCCCAGAUGGGGGAGUGAGAGGCCACAGCUGGCGGGACAUGGGCCCCUCCACUGUGCCUGACCUGCUGCUGCCACUGGUGUUCCCGACUCUGUUGAUGGGAAUACACCCCUCAGGGGUCAUUGGACUGGUGCCUCUCCUUGGGGACCGGGAGAAGAGAGAUAGUCUAUGUCCCCAGGGAAAAUACAGCCACCCUGAAGAUAAUACCAUUUGCUGUACCAAGUGCCACAAAGGAACCUACCUAUACAAAGACUGCCCAUUCCCAGGGCAGGAAACGGACUGCAGGCAGUGUGAAAAUGGCACCUUCACUGCUUCAGAGAACCACCUCAGAUCCUGCCUCACCUGCUCCCAGUGCCGAAAAGAAUUGGGACAGGUGGAGAUCUCCCCUUGCACUGUGGACCGGGACACCGUGUGUGGCUGCAGGAAGAACCAGUACCGACACUACUGGAGUGACAACCUUUUCCAGUGCUUCGAAUGCAAACUCUGCCUCAAUGGCACUGUGGUUCUCCCCUGCCAGGAGAAACAGAACACCGUGUGCACCUGCCACUUUGGAUACUACCUAAAAGAAAACGAUUGUGUCCCCUGUAGCGACUGUAAGAAAAAAGAGUGUCUGAAGUUGUGCCAAAUCAGGGGAAGUGAACCUGUUAACAGCCCUUCAAACCCAGACACCUCAGUGCUGCUGCCUCUGGUGAUCUUCCUUGGUCUUUGCCUUUUGUCCCUCCUCUUCAUCUGUUUAAUGUGCCGCUACCAGAAGUGGAAGCCCAAGCUCUACUCCAUUGUUUGUGGGAGACCAACACCUGAAAAAGAGGGGGAGCUUGAAGGAAUUACAACUAAGCCUCUGGCCUCAGUUCCGGGCUUCAGUCCCACCUUGGGCUUCACUCCCACCUCGGCCUUCAGUCCCACCUCGGGCUUCAGUCCCACUCCGGGCCUCAGCCCCAGCCCAGGAUUCAGUCCCACUCAGGGCUUCAGCCCCAGCCCGGGCUUCAGUCCUAUCCCCUGCCCUACCUUCACGCCCACCCACACCUUCAUCCCCAGUUCCAACUACACACCCAUGACAUCCCCCAGAGAGGUGGCCCCACCCCACCUGGGGGCUGAGCCUAUCCUCAACACGCCCCCGGCAUCCACCCUCAGUCCCACCCUUCUUCAGAAGCCGGAAGACACUGCCCAUACCCUGCGCUCAGACACCGACCCUGCCAUGCUGUACGCGGUGGUGGACGGCGUGCCCCCGUCGCGCUGGAAGGAGUUUGUGCGGCGCCUGGGGCUGAGCGAACACGAAAUCGAACGGCUGGAAAUACAGAACGGGCGCUGCCUGCGCGAAGCGCACUACAGCAUGCUAGAGGCCUGGCGGCGGCGCACCCCACGUCGCGAGGCCACGCUGGAGCUGCUGGGCCGCGUGCUCGGCGACAUGGACCUGCUGGGCUGCCUAGAGGACAUUAUAGAGGCGCUGCGCGGCCCCGCCUCCCUCUCGUCCGCUCCCCGCCUCCCUCGAUAAGGCCAAGCCCCCGCGGACACCGCGGACGGCCGAAGGACGGUCUUGCCUGACGCCCUAGACCCGAGCUUUUCCUGGAGAGGAAGAGUCCGGGAGGGGUAGGCACUAGCAGGCUCCCGCUCACUUGGUGCUCCACCCUGUGUAUACAGCUUUGUCAGCUGCCUGAGAACCACCCAAAGUCAGUGGGAUGUGCGCAGGAGAGAGGUGCUCUGUGGUGCACUUGUGCUCAGGAGAGGCUGCUGUGGCAGCAACCCGAGUGAGUGGGUGCAGGGAUAAGGGCACUAUGCCUUACGCUUUUUUUUUUUUUUUGACAGAGUUUCACUCUGUUGCACUGGAUAGAGUACCGUGGUAUUACAGCUUAC